AUGUCCCAGGCGCUGACGGGGGGCCUCUUGUACCAUCGGGAAGGCAGCAUUCCACGCACCCCUGGUGCCAGAGGCCCUUUCCCGCUGGCCAGGAGAGAGGAGUUGGGCUCUGCAGACCCAACGCACGAGGCCAGAGUCCUCUUGGGAGCUGGGAAAGGUGUGCCUCGAGCAGCCGAAGCUCGGCCGCUUGGGGCUGAAGCGGCUCCCCGGGGGAGUCCUUCAGCAGGGCUGUGCUCGUUGCAGGUGCCCGUGGCCUUUGAGGACGUGGCGGUCUACUUUUCGCCAGAGGAGUGGGCAGAGCUAGCGGAAUGGCAGAAGGAGCUCUACCAAGACGUCAUGGUGGAGAAUUACGAGCUUGUCUCCUCGCUGGAAUGCCUGCUCUCCAUUCCUGAACUCCUGUCCCGACUGGCUCCAGGAGGGGCCCCGUGUGAAGCAGACCCCCCACUCCCCGCAGGGAACGGCGACUCUCCAGCCGACGGAGCAGCCCGGAGUCCGGAUCAGGAAGGAAGGGGGUGCCCCCCACUUCACCCACCCAGGCUAAGCUCUGAGCCGCUGCAGGGGACCCUUCCUCGACACCCCAGGACUGCGGGGAAGAGGCCCAAGAGGGCCCGGUCCCAGGGCAGGCAGAGGCCGGCCAGGGCACGACCAACCACCAGGGACGCGGAGAAAACAGCGCAGAGGAGCUGGAGGAGGGAGAAGCCCUAUAGCUGCCCCCGGUGCCAGCGGAGCUUCCUGGGCCGCCUUGCCUUGACCGCCCACCGGCGCCUGCACCUCCGGAAGUGGGCCCGGCAGCGCCCGCAGAGCGGGGGCCAGUCUUCUGCCACCUCGGAUACAGCCGUGCCUCCGGAGGGGCCCCCGGGCACCAGCGCCAACCCCAGCCCCGUCAGCCAGGGAGAGGGGAGCCUGCCCUUCUGGCCCGAGAUGGCGCUGCACCAGCAGGCCCCCGCCGCCCACGGCUUCAACCCCUGGUCCUUCGGCUACGGGCCUCCGCCCUUGCCGGGCCCCCAGGCUCUGGGGCUGCACGGCAGCGGAGAGUUCAUUUGCGACCAGUGUGGCUGGAGCUUCCACGGCUGGGAGGAGCUGGUCACCCACCAGUUGGUCCACAUGGCGGCCGAAGGGAUCGCGGGCUCCGUGCCCAAAGCCGGAGCCCUGUCCCAGAUGGCGAGCGACCGGCCGUACGCCUGCACCCAGUGCGGGAAGAGCUUCCGGCACAAGCCCAACCUCCUGGCCCACCGGCAAGUCCACACGGGCGAACGGCGCUACCCGUGCCAGGAGUGCGGCAAGUCCUUUGGCAGCAAGGCCUACCUGGCCUCCCACCAGCACAUCCACACCGGGGAGAAGCCGUACGUCUGCGGGCAGUGCGGCAAGAGCUUCCGCCACAAGCCCAACCUCCUUUCGCACCAGAAGAUCCACACCCGGGACCCUCUUCCCCCCAGCCACCCACUGGAUGCCUUCAAUGGGGAGAACUUCCAGUCCCCGCGCCCCGCGGCAGACUCCCUCCGGAUGGAGGUGUUCCAACCCCACCGACCCCCGCAGGACACCCACGCCCCCUGCUUCCCAAGCGAUCCUCCUCAGCUGCAGAUCUCUUUGCCUCCGCCUCAGCCUCUGCUUGCGGCCGACCGGCCCUUCAUCUGCCCAGUCUGUGCCAAGCCAUUCCGCUGCAAGCCCUACUUGGUGGCCCACAUCCGCAUCCACACGGGGGAGAAGCCCUACGCCUGCAGCCGCUGUCCCAAGCGCUUUUCCCAGAAGUCCAACCUGGUUUCCCACGAGCGCCUCCACACGGGCGAGAAGCCAUACGCCUGCCCGCUGUGCCCCCGGGUCUUUAGCCAGGGCUCCAACAUGCGUGCUCAUCAGCGCAGCCACCGGAAUAUCAGCGCUAGCGAAGCAGACGGCUGCCUUCGCCAGGGCUACCCGUCCUGCCAGACGCAGCAGCCUGACGAAGGCAGCUUUGCCAAGCCCUCCGGGGAGCCUACCUGCGAGGCCUUCCCCGCGUCGAAGCAUUCCGCGCGCAGCCCAAACGCUCGCCGCGCCGUCGGAAGGGCCGGCCGGAGAGGGCGCCGCGCCUCCGCCGCCCUGGGAGCGGAAGGGUUAACGAGGAGGCCGCGGCGCACUGGCGGCCUCCCGAUUGGCCCGCUCCGCCUCCAGCCCCACCCGCGCAGCCGGGCCCCGCGGCCAAUCGGGAGCGGCCCCACGGCGGCCGCGGGGCCCUGCCUGCCCCGGCCCCCCUGGGGCCAGACUGGCAGGCGCCGCGGCCAAUGGCGGAGGCCGACCCGCCAAGGGAUGGAGCCGAUGGAAGAAGUCGGCCUCUGGACCCUCAGAGAGGUGGGAGCCAAGGAGACCCCCCUGGACGUGGGCUCAGGAGUCCUAGCCAUGGCCCAAAUCAGGAAGGAGCCUCCUCCGGAAGGAGACGCAGAGCAACCCAACGGAGCCCCCAGAAAGUCGGCUGGAUGCAACGGCCUGCGAGUCGAGAGGAGGAGGAGGAGGAGGAGUUUGUCACGACUCCACAAAGCGGCGGAGACGCAGCCAUCCCCGGCAGGGCUCUUGCUUGACGGAGAAGACUUUGGCCACGGAGACCGUCUCAGCUGUGACACCAAGAGGCUGGGGCAGAACUCGGCGGGAGGAGGCCUGUAUGACAAGGUGGUGGUUUUCCGGGUGGGAGAAGGCAAGGCGGGCCAAAGGCCGUGCGCGGCGGCGGCGGAAGGCAGCUUCGCCUGCAAGGAGUGCGGGAAGUGUUUUGCCUGGCGGUCCUCCUUGAACAUCCACAAGCGGACCCACACCGGCGAGAAGCCCUUCAAGUGCAAGACCUGCGGGCGCCGCUUCAGCCAGAAGCCCAACCUGCUGUGCCACCAGCGCAACCACACCGGGGAGCGGCCCUUCAAGUGCGCCCGCUGCGAGAGGAGCUUCCGGCAGAAGCAGCACCUGGCCAAGCACCAGCGGACCCACCUCCGGGCCCGGCCCAGCCCCCACGCCUGCCCCGAGUGCCAGCGCGGCUUCAGCAACAAGGCUGUCCUGCGGCUGCACCGGCGCCUCCACGCCCACCACCGCCAGCUGGUCUUCCAGGAGCUGAAGAAGGCCUACAAGGAGACGGUGGCGCGGCAGCGGGAGGAGGCCCGGGCAGGGCUCGGCUGGGGGGCCAGGCCCAAGGGCCAGCGGCGGCGGGGGGUGAAGAAGUUCAUCUGCAGCGAGUGCGGCAAGGGCUUCACCUGGUGGUCUUCCCUCAGCAUCCACCAGCGCAUCCACACCGGAGAGAAGCCCUUCCCGUGCACCGAGUGCGGGAAGAGCUUCACCCAGAAGCCCAACCUCUUGCGGCACCUCCGCUACCACAGCGGCGAGAGGCCGCACGCCUGCCCCAAGUGCGGCAAAGGCUUCACCCAGAAGCAGCACCUGGUGAAGCACCAGCGCACCCACUUGGCCGAGAGGGGGUUCCAGUGCCACGCCUGCGGGCAGAGCUUCCCCACCAAGGGGGCCCUCACGGUUCACCAGCGGGCCGGCCACGUGGGGAUUGACCUCCCGGCCAUGGGGCCGACGGACGAGAAGGGGGGUCUUCCGCUCAGCCCGCCGGGGAGCCUGGGGGAGUGGAGGGGCUCCCUGCUGGCGAGCGGCCGGAGGCUCUCCCUGCCCCCCGAUCUCCUGAGCCCCCCCAGCGACGCGGAAGGGCAGCCGGUCCUGAUCGUGGAGCCGGGCACCCGGCCGCAGGCUCUGUCCCAGACCAAGAAGGGCGUCUUCUGGAAGCCGGAGGUCCCCAAGCCGCCCGCCCCUGAGCUGAAGCAGUACAUCUGCAACGAGUGCGGGAAGGGCUUCGUCUCGUGGUCGGCCCUCACCAUCCACCAGCGCAUCCACACCGGUGAGAGGCCCUACCCCUGCGGGGAGUGCGGGAAGCGCUUCAGCCAGAAGCCCAACCUGGUGAGGCACCAGCGGUACCACACCGGGGAGAAGCCCUACCCGUGCGCGGAGUGCGGCAAGUGCUUUGUCCAGAAGCACCACCUCAGCAAGCACCAGCGGGUGCACCGGAAAGAGGCCCGCCCGGGGCCCCCGCACUGAUGGAGACAACGGAGGGACUGUAGGGAAGGGAGGCCCUGCUUGCCAGUCUUUGCCUUUGUUGAGCCUGUUAGGGG